CCCGCCCGCUGCUAUAUAUUCGGGCACCCAGCCCACGCCUCCAUCACGCCACGCUCAGUCGCACACACCCACCACUCUCCUACUUGUCCACCUCUCUCUCUCGCUCCGCGCUGCGCCUCCGGGUCAACUCCGCCGCGAGAGAGGAGAUCGAUCGAUCGGCCGAUCGAUAUGUCGCUCGACGCGGCCGUCGACGUGUCCAGCAAGCCGCCGGUGCCGCCGCCAUCCCCGCCGCGGGUGGACUCGUGGGCGCGCGGGGGGCGCCGGUCCAAGCGCCGCGCGGGGAGCCCCAGCGGCGGUGGAGGAGCCGACCAGUCCGAGGAGGAGUACCUCGCCCUCUCCCUCCUCAUGCUCUCGCGCGGCAUCCGCGGCGACGCCGGGGAAGGCGGUGGGGUCGUCGCCGCCGCCGCCAAGGGCGCCGGAGCUGCCGCCGCGGCGAAGGCGGCGGGCCAGGGGUACGAGUGCUCCGUGUGCGGCAAGGUGUACCCGUCGUACCAGGCGCUCGGCGGGCACAAGACCAGCCACCGGAAGCCGCCGACGCCGCCGCCAGCCCCGGCGCCACAGGCGGCGGCAGCCCCCGCGGGCGACGAGGCAGCGCCCCUCGGUGGCGGCGUCGCGCACGCGGAGGAGAAGGUGCACCAGUGCUCGCUCUGCCUCCGCACGUUCCCGUCGGGGCAGGCGCUGGGCGGGCACAAGCGGCUGCACUACGAGGGCGGCGCCGCGGGCGCGGACGGGGUCAAGGCCGACAAGACCAAGGCCAGCGCAGCCCAGGCGACGUCCGUGCUCAGGGACUUCGACCUCAACCUGCCUGCCGCGGCCGCGGCCGCCACGGCGGCGACGGUGGAGGACGCCGAGAGCGCGCUUCCGGAGGCCAAGCGGGCGCGCAUGAUGCUGCUCGUGGUCUGAUCAUCAGCUUCUCUCUCUGGCGGCGGCGCAGGUUUUGCUGCCUCUAGCUAGGAGCUGUUUGCUACUAGUAGUAGGUUUUUGCUGGUUAAUUGGUUGGUUGAUUGCUUGAUUAAAUUCCGGUUGCGUGACGCGGGCUGCGCUUGAUCGAUGUGUGAAUGUGAUAAGCACGGAUCCGCUCGGUUCGGCGUCGUCUACUCUUUCACAACAGGAGCUGGUUUUCGUGGCUCCAUCCGGUCCUUCGUUCUUACCCAUUCAUCCUGUCCAUAUUAUGCGACCCUGAGCCGCCGGAUCAACAACCCGACGGCUGGGAUCUGUAGAACUUACUUGUAAAGACCCGGUGGUCAAACUCUAUAUAUACAUAUACAAGGAAACUUUUUUAUACCCUUCUAAAUUCCACGGCAUUAGCUAGCUGUAGGGUGUGAAAGUGAAACACUGAUGAUGAUCGUAGUGUCUACACUCAUGACAGCUAAAUCAUACUACCUACUACGUUUAUGUCUGUAUAUAUGCCAAUAAAUGGGCUUGAUCCAUGUCCUGAUUGCGUGUGAUCUUGCUGCCACUAUUCCAUUAGCGGCCAGUGUCGUCCACAGAACACCGAGCGGAAGCUGCAAGCUACUUCUGCUGCUGCUGCUGCUGCUACCAGUACACGCUGCGCGCGCUAAAAAAAUCGUGCUGGGCUGCUCAUGUGGACAGCGACGCGGGGCGCAUGCAGCUUUGACCUAUGAGAUCUUUCUCAUAGCUGUCAGCACAUUAGUGUUAUUUUUUCGUUGAAAUACUUCACAUGCUUCACUUUUCACUUGAUCUCACAAUGGAUGCAGCAAAUAAAUGUAAUGUAAAAUUUUGAGAUUAAUUGGAAAUAAUGAAAGGACAAAUCUUUGUAUGAUUUUCAUA